CGUCGCUGCUCGAGGGACAAAAACCGGAGCGAAGAUCUCCUUGGAAAUAUAUAUAGAUAUAUAUAUUUUUUUUCCAUUUUUAUUUUUCAUUUUUCAUCUAAUUUGUCGCGCGCUUUCGGGGCGCGCGCUCGCGUGUGUGUGUGUGCGUGUGUGUGUGUGUGUGUGUGCGCGCGCGAAUGGUGGACUUGGCCAACAUGGAGACCGUGGAGAAGGAAUGCGGGGCCCUCGGGGGUCUUUUCCAGGCCAUUGUCAACGACAUGAAGUGUUCAUAUCCCGUGUGGGAGGACUUCAACGCAAAGGCCACAAAGCUCCAUUCACAGCUCAGAACGACGGUUUUGGCAGCGGUGGCCUUCCUGGAUGCUUUUCAGAAGGUGGCGGACAUGGCGACCAACACCAGAGGGGCGACCAGAGACAUUGGCUCGGCACUGACCAGGAUGUGCAUGAGGCAUCGCAGCAUCGAGGCCAAACUCCGACAGUUCACCAACGCGUUGAUGGAGAGCCUGAUCACGCCUCUGCAGGACAAGAUCGAGGACUGGAAGAAGACGGCCAACCAGCUGGACAAGGACCACGCCAAAGAGUACAAGCGGUCGCGACACGAGAUCAAGAAGAAGUCGUCGGACACCAUGAAGCUCCAGAAGAAAGCUCGCAAAGGGCGCGGCGACCUGCAGCCUCAGCUGGACAGCGCCAUGCAGGACGUGACCGACAUGUGCCUGCUGAUGGAGGAGAUGGAGAAGCAGGCGGUGCGGCGGGCCCUCGUGGAGGAACGGGGACGAUUCUGCACGUUCAGCGCUUUCCUGCAGCCCGUCGUGAAUGGCGAGAUUGCCAUGUUGGGCGAGGUCACGCACCUGCAGGCCAUCAUUGAUGACCUCACUGUGCUCACCACUGACCCACACAAGUUGCCCCCCGCCAGUGAACAGGUGAUCAAGGACCUUAAGGGGUCCGACUACAGCUGGUCCUAUCAGACUCCGCCCUCUUCGCCGAGCAGCUCCAGCUCACGCAAGAGCAGCAUGUGCAGCAGCGUCAACAGCGCCCACAGCAGCGCCUCUCGCUCGUCCGGCGGCGGCGGGGGGGGCCUGGGGGGCGGCGGCUCGCUGCCCCACUCGCCCACCUCCUCGUCCUCGUCCUCGUAUCGCUACCGCAGCAGCCUGCCGUGCCAGCCAGGGGGGCCCGCGGGGGGCAUCGCUGCCCACCGCCUCAGCAGCGUCUCGUCCCACGACUCGGGCUUCGUGUCUCAGGACGCCAACAUCUACUCCAAGCCGCCCUCGCCCAUGCCCUCAGACAUCACUAGCCAGCAGAAGUCGUCCAGCUCGGCGUCAUCGGAGGCGUCCGAAACGUGUCAGUCGGUCAGUGAAUGCAACUCGCCAACCACUUUUGGCUCGUCCUUCGCUACCUUCCGCCCCGCUCUCUCUCACUCAGGCUCGCCCAGGCCUCACUCUGUCACACUCCCCGUCACUGCGCCCCCACCCUUUAGCCGGCCCUCCGGCUCCUGCUCCUCUUCUCCCACAUCCUACAAGGUUCCCGCCUGGAAGGACUGGUCCAAAGCAGGUACCUACGAGCAGCCCGUGGCCGCCACCGUGGCUGUCGCCGGUACCGCCGCAGUCGUCCAGAGGAGGAAGGAGCCGCCGCUCGAUAGGCUGCGGGAGAGCGAGGGCUCGCCCAGUGCGCAAGGCUACGCCGGCCCGUCCCACGCCGACGACGCCCAGAGGGUCAAGAUGUCCUCCGCUGCCAAGUACGGGGACGAGACGUCUCCGGCCGCCAGCGACCUGGCCAUGGUUCUGACCCGAGGCCUGAGCGCGGAGCAGCAGAAGAGCAGCAGGGACUCGCUGCAGUACUCCAGCGGAUACAGCACCGAGACCACCACCCCUUCCUGCUCGGAGGACACCAUCCCUUCUCAGGGUUCCGAUUACGACUGCUACUCGGUGAACGGCGAUCCCGAAGGCCCAGACGGUCAGACGGACUUCGACAAGUCGUCCACCAUCCCUCGCCACUCCAACAUCGCCCAGAAUUAUCGCCGCAUGAUCCAGACCAAGCGGCCCGCCAGCACGGCCGGCUUGCCCAGCGGGGUCCUGGGUCCCGGUGGUCACGUCAGCGCCCCCGGAGCCGGGGUGGCCGGAGGAUCGGGGACCCCGGGCACUGCCACCAUCCGUAGAACGCCGUCCACCAAACCGGGCGUGAGGCGCACGCUCUCCAGCGCGGGCCCCAUUCCCAUCCGACCCCCCAUUGUGCCUGUCAAGACGCCCACCAUUCCCGGAGACGCCCACUCACCCGGGGUUGGCAACGUGCCGGUCCGGGUGGGAAGCGAGGAGUGCAUCUUCAUGGUGGACGACGCCCAGGGUGCGCUCAAUUACGUGAAGGCGUCGCCCAAACGCCUUAGCCUCCCGAACACCGCUUGGGGCUCCGGGGCGGCUCUCGAGGUCUACGCCCAGCAACACGGAACCGUGGGGCUGGGCGGCGGCUCCGGGUCUGAAGAGGAAAAGAUGAUUGCCGCCAACCGGCACAGCCUGGUGGAGAAAAUUGGGGAGCUGGUGGCCGGCGCCCACGCCCUCGGCGAGGGUCAGUUCCCUUUCCCGGCCCUCCCGGACGACCCGACGCCGCUCACCGCGGGGCAAGGUGACGCCCUCGAGGGGGCGGAGGGAUCGUCCGGCGACAUGCUGACCACCAUCCGCAGGGGCGUUCGACUCCGCAAGACCGUCUCAAACGACCGCUCGGCACCGCGCAUCUUGUGAUCCGCAGGGUAGGGGAGGAUCCUGUGUCGGGUGUCCACACGGGAACUUUAACUCGUAGGGAAAUCUCAUCAUAUUAAACAAGACAAAUGAAAACAUACACAAAACGUAAAAAGACGCCGUUAGAGCCGACACUAUAAAAUUCUAACAUGUUAGCACCAUAACUCGUGUGUGUGUGUGUGUGUGUGUGUGUGUGUGUGUUGGAUGCAUGUUUCUCUUCUCUACGCUUAUGGAAAUGUGUUUGAACAUUUAUUCUAUAUCCUUGACAUCCAUCUUAAGGUCCAUGUACUACUAGUACACUCUUUGUCUUCACUAGUGCGACAGUCCAAUGCACUGCCUCUAGUGACAUUUCUUCGACUACUCAUGCCACUUUUGGCCUAGUAUGAAAUGAAACCUUAUUAGUAUACUACUAUGCUAAACUAGUAACACUACUAGGCCCAACUAGUAGGCAGGUUUCACACAUUGUUUUAGCAUUUAUUUGAUAUUCUUGAGCUCCAGCUUAAGGUCCAUACUAGUAGGACUACUACACUAUAUGCUACUAGUCACGACUCCCAUGUCGUUUUCCUAAUAGUGAAGACAAAGAGCAUACGGACCUUAAGCUGGACAACCUUGAUAAGGUGGCUAGUAGAGCAUGACAUGUGCCGACAAGUGGGGCCUAAUAGGGCUACUAGUGAAGCAGUUGUUUACUCGUAAAAUGUGUUUGCGUACUAGUAGACCAAAUGUAGCAUUAGUAGUGGUAAAAACAUUGCUUAAAAAACAUUGCCCAUAAUCCACAACUGUUUUACCAGGCGCUUAAUUGUCUUACGUAUGAUACUAGUACAUGGGCCUGGAAGUGAACUAAAAAAUAAAUGCUCAAACGCUUUCCAAUCGGGACCGAAAAAGGACUGAUGGUGCGGGUUCCGAAUGUCACAUGACGUCCCGGUUGUUUCGACUCCACUGAAUCUUGGGUACCAGCGCGGGGAGCUAACAUCGUGCGCCGCCCUUCGGCGGGUCGGCCGGCUUGUUGGCAUUGAACUGUACUGGUGUCCCCCACACCUGUCUGUGUGUGCGUGCGUGUGUGUGUGUGUGUGUGCGCCCGCGCCACUGCAGGACAGCCGGCGAGCCAAUGAGGCGUCUUCUUUUGCGUGUCUCGUGUUCUUUCUUUCUCGUUUCUAUCGUGACUUCGUUCUCCUUGUGCGCCGCCUCGAGAGGGCAUGUGGUGAAAAGCGAGCAGUCGUUACAGAUACAUUCAUAUAUAUAAUAUAUAUAAUAUACAUAUAUAUUUUCUAGAACCAGAGAGGAGAGUCAUAAACGCAGCAAUAAGUGUGUUUUAUUUUCUUGCUCAGCGGUCGAGGACGUUGCGGAAGUAUGGCGGUGAACUAGCGCCGUGUGUUCAGAAUUAACGAGGAAGUCUUACAGAGGAAAAAGAAGAAGAGAGAGGAAGUGAUGAGGAUGAUAGAUGAGAUGAAGUGGAGAUUAAAUACCUCGACAGCGUGUUGUGCUACGUAAUGUCCACAAAAAAAAAGUUGUAUUCAUGUCCAAACAAAUACUGUAUCCUCAACAAAAACAUCUUUCAACAUACUUGUCAUGAGUUGCAGCCUAAAAAACUGCUGUGCAGGUUCAAAUAAGACUGGAGAGCCAUUCAAAGUUGCUUAAAAACAAGACUCCGAAAAUGCUACCAUAAAUAACUAUACGAAAAUAUUACCAUAAAUUCCUCAAAAGUUUUCUCAAAAUCUUCAAAAGUUGCAUAAGUUAAAAUAGCAGUCCGAAAAUCCCUCCAAAAUUGCACAGGUAAAUAAAGACUUCGGUAAAUCCCUCAAAUAUUGCACGAGUCAAAAUAAGAUUAUGAAAAUCCAUCAAAAACCACAGGUUAAAGAAAGACUACCAUAAAUCCUCAAAAGUUGCAUAAGUUAAAAUAGCAGUCCGAAAAUCCCUCCAAAAUUCCACAGGUAAAUGAAGACUUCGGUAAAUCCCUCAAAAAGUUGCACCAGUCAAAAUAAGAUGAUGAAAAUCCAUCAAAAACCACAGGUUAAAGAAAGACUACCAUAAAUCCUCAAAAGUUGCGUAAGUUAAAAUAGCAGUCCGAAAAUCCCUCCAAAAUUGCACAGGUAAAUGAAGACUUCGGUAAAUCCCUCAAAAAGUUGCACCAGUCAAAAUAAGAUGAUGAAAAUCCAUAAAAAACCACAGGUUAAAGAAAGACUACCAUAAAUCCUCAAAAGUUGCGUAAAUUAAAAUAGCAGUCCGAAAAUCCCUCCAAAAUUCCACAGGUAAAUGAAGACUUCGGUAAAUCCCUCAAAAAGUUGCACCAGUCAAAAUAAGAUGAUGAAAAUCCAUCAAAAACCACAGGUUAAAGAAAGACUACCAUAAAUCCUCAAAAGUUGCGUAAGUUAAAAUAGCAGUCCGAAAAGCCCUCCAAAAUUCCACAGGUAAAUGAAGACUUCGGUAAAUCCCUCAAAAAGUUGCACCAGUCAAAAUAAGAUGAUGAAAAUCCAUCAAAAACCACAGGUUAAAGAAAGACUACCAUAAAUCCUCAAAAGUUGCGUAAAUUAAAAUAGCAGUCCGAAAAUCCCUCCAAAAUUGCACAGGUAAAUGAAGACUUCGGUAAAUCCCUCAAAAAGUUGCACCAGUCAAAAUAAGAUUAUGAAAAUCCAUCAAAAACCACAGGUUAAAGAAAGACUACCAUAAAUCCUCAAAAGUUUCAUAAAUUAAAAUAGCAGUCCGAAAAUCCCUCCAAAAUUGCACAGGUAAAUGAAGACUUCGGUAAAUCCCUCAAAAAUUGCACCAGUCAAAAUAAGAUUAUGAAAAUCCAUCAAAAAUCACAGGUUAAAGAAAGACUACCAUAAAUCCUCAAAAGUUGCAUAAAUUAAAAUAAAUACAAUGUAUAUUUUGUUUUUUUUUUGUUUUUUUUUUUUUAACGAUCACUUUGGUUACUUAGUUUGAUCGGCCAAAAAAAAAAAAAAGAAAGAAAAGAAAGCACAGUUACAAUUGUCGACAUACACUUGAAAAGAAAAAGAAAAGCAUUUAAAUCAGCAUUUAUUCACCUGUAAUAGGAAACGAAUGUAACUUUUUAGAUAGACACGUUUGUCGGCACAAAUGCAACAAAAACAACAAACAGCUCAGGACAGAAGAGUUUGAAGAGUUUGAUCACAUGAUGACGUUUGAUCAGAGUUUGAUCAGAUGAUGGAGACGCAACGUGGGCGUGACGGAGGGUAUGACGUAAGCGAGGUGUGGACAUGAUGAUGAAAAUUAAAAGUGGACAUGAUGAGGACUGUACGCCACCACAGAGUGAAAGAGGGACGAAACGAGUGUGUGCUCUUUACUUUCAUUCUUUCAUGAUUUGUGUUUUUAAUGUACAAAAAAAAGAGCUGUGUGUAAUAUAAUGUAGAACGUGCGGGAUCAGAGGCGAGUGAACUCUUCUUCUUCACGUUUUUCGUUAAUUUAUUGAUUUAACACGCGCGUCUGGUUUAAUUGAAAGAGAGGAAGUCUGAGGAUUCUCCAGCAGGGGGAGCUGUUGUACGUGUUUGCUCUUAAGAGGCUCUUUAGGUUUGGGUUUUGACAAUGUUCCUAUGAAGCGUUUCUACAUCACACUGCCCUACGUUUACAUGGAGACCACCACUACUGUUGGCCAUUUCGCAAGUUAAAAUAAGACUUCAAUAAUAAAAAUAAGAAAAUAAAAAGUCAUUGGUUAAAAUUAGGUGAACCUAAAUCAUUCACAAUUUGUUCACAAAUCCCCUUAAAUUGCACAUAAAUCCCACAAAAGGUCACAAUUUUAAUAGCAUUUCAUGGCCGAACAAGAAUUGUCAUGUUUGUGUUGAAGCUCCUGGGGCACAAAUAUUUAAUAUCUAAUAUAUUUUUAAACAUGCUUGACUGUGUUGUAAUUCAUGUCUAACAGGAAAGUGAAUCGUUAAUUGAAUUCCAGUGUGUGUAGAAGCAGCAAAAAAAAGAAAAAAAAGAAAAAAGAUUAUCAUUAUAUUCAAAUACUGUAGUGACAUACAUGCAACGUGUGCUGGCACGCGUCUUAAAAAAAAAUUAAUAUACUUGUAAAGGAAGUUCAAAAAGAUCAAAACGCUGUAAAAAGUGACUGAUGAUUAUUAAUUUUGUGACUUUUCUGGUUAUUUUCUGGUCAUCCCCCCCACCCCCCUCAUAUAAGGUUACGGCCUUUACCCAUGCAAAACAAAAAAACUUUGACACUAUACACAACAGCAUACACAAAGCACAAUAGUACACAAACACAAAAAAGGACUAAAACCCACUAAAAUGUGCAAUUUCCAAAAUAGUCUUCAAUUUUUGUGUAUGCGACGACAGUCUUCGUCUUCUUUGUCUGUGAAGGGAAAACUAAGGUUCAGUCGCCUCUGCUGCAGCUCUCACUUUUUAUUUCACGUCUUCCCUUUUGGUUUUUGUAAAAUGGAGCUUUUAAUUCUUUUUCUUUUGUUCCCCUCCCCUCCCCUCCCCUCUUUGAGUUAACCUUAGUCACUCCGCUGAUGUAACAAAAAACGCACUGUGAUGAUUCCACUAUUAAUAAAGGUUGUACUUCAACUGUG